GGAAUGGCUAAAGUAAUUAGACAGUGUUGGGUUUGGAGGAAAAACAAUCGAGUUUGGCGUUAUUUGCCUCGUCGAGAUGAUAGAGUAAACAGAGUUGAUUUGGAUGUGUUGGCUGAACAAUGCGAAACAUUUCCGGAUCCAAUGCCGGUGGAACCUCCAAAGCUUUGGGUUGCCUGGAUUUUUAGAGAUUUGGAAAAUGAUCAUGUCCGUAAACUUUUUGGAAAAUACCCCAAACCUGGGGAACUUCAUAUAUUUAUGAAUACAUUAUCAAAUAAUAAACAACUUUGGAAAAUUAAACAUUUAAUUGAAAUUCGUCCAAUAAGUUUUCCGAAUGGAGAGCCGGGGCCUGAAGAUGUUUAUAAUUUAGAGGUAAUGGCAGACGGUAGAUGUAUUAUUGAUGAAAAUUUGGCAGACCCAAGAAAUGUUCAAUUAUUAGACCCAACCAAACAAUUUACAAAAAAUUAUUUAAUGUCUAAAUUGAGAAGUAAAGAUGCUCGUUUAAAAGAAAUUUAUGAGGAUACUGUUUACAAUCCUGAAAAUAUUUCUAUUUGUUGA